AGAUCAAGAAGUUUGGUAUGUGGAGGACGUUUAUUUCAUGUUCGUUGUUGUGCGCACAUUUUGAACUUGUGUGUACAAGAUGGAUUAGAAGAGAUCCGACACAUCAUUAGUGAUGUUAGAGAUAGUGUGGAAUAUGUGAACCGAUCAGAGGCUAGGCGUAUACAAUUUGCAGAUUGUGUGCAACAAUUGCAAUUGAAAGAUAGAAAAUUGAUUCGUGAUUGUAAGACUAGAUGGAACUCGACUUUUGAGAUGUUAAGUUGUGCACUUAAGUUCAAAGAAGCUUUUAAGAUGCUACAAGAUCGUGAUCCAUUCUUUGACAGUUGUCCAUCGGAAGCUGAUUGGGAUAAUGUUAGCAAAGUUUGCUCAAUAUUAGAGGCUUUUUGGAUAGCAACUCACGUAAUUUCAGGUUGUGAGUACCCAACUUCAAAUUUAUUUCUUCAGGAAGUUCAAAAAAUCAAAUCAGCAUUGGAUGGUCGUGUAGAUGAUGAAGAUUCCUUUAUUCGAAAUUUGGUUCUGAUAAUGAAGAUGAAGUUUGAUAAAUAUUGGGGUGAGUGUAAUUUGUUGAUGGGACCUUUCUAUAUAACUAUAUCAACAUUAUUGUUCCAACUGUUGAUUAAGGAAAUCAUCUAA